AUGAGGCUACAAGUUGGUAUCCCUGAAACAGAUUUAGAAGAAGUCAAACAAUUUGCAGAAUGGAUUCUCAAAGUUGGAGAUGGGGUUCUAGGUGAAGAAAAUGAUGGGGAAGCAUCUAUUCAAAUACCCAAUGACUUGCUGAUUCUUGAUAAAGCUAAUCCUCUUAAAGCAUUGAUUGAUUUUACAUAUCCAAACAUGCUUGAGAGUUUGCAAGAUCCAAUGUUUUUCCAACAACGAGCAAUUCUCGCACCAACUCGUGACGUCGUUGGAUGUAUCAAUGAAAAGUUGUUAGAAAUGAUGCCCGGUGAGGAAGCUACCUAUCUAAGCUCUGACGGAUUGUGUGAAACUGAACAGACCACCGAAAUCGAUUCUGCUUUGUUUUCUACUGAAGUGAUCAACAGUCUCAGAUUGGCCGGUUUACCAAAUCAUAAGUUGGUUUUAAAAGUUGAUGUGCCUGUAAUGUUACUUAGGAACCUUGAUCAACAAAAUGGUUUGUGCAAUGGCACGAGAUUGCAAGUCGUGAAACUAGGGAAACAUGUGAUUGAAGCCAAAAUAAUCACAGGUACAAACAUUGGUCAGCAUACUUUAAUUUCGAGAUUGAAGAUGACACCAUCGGAUAAAAGGAUCCCAGUGAAGAUAUGUCGAAAACAAUUUCCAAUUUCGAUGUGCUUUGCCAUGACGAUAAACAAAAGCCUAGGACAAUCUCUUGAUCGGGUUGGUUUGUAUCUUCCACGUCCAGUUUUCAGUCAUGGUCAACUAUAUGUGACUGUUUCUAGGGUGAAAAGCAAAAAAGGAUUAAAAAUUCUAAUUGAAGAAGAAGAUAGCAUCACAAACAAGACCACCAAUGUCGUGUAUAAGGAGGUGCUUCAAUGUUUAUGA